CAGCCUCGGACUCCCAGUUUCUCUUCCCCAUGGAAGCAGGCCAGACAGUCCAGGAAAGCGCCCUGCACGCCGGGAGGCAGGCUUGGUGGCCUUUGGACGCCAUGGCAUGCAGCUUGGGCGAGACCACCAGCAGCAGCGGCUUCCUCCUUGGAUGGGAUCCGCAGCUCAGCUACUUCGGUCUAGGAGCAUGGGGAGCUGGCACCGGCGAUCUUGGUACCUGCGAGCGCGAGCUUGAGGAGCUCGUCGUCCCCAAAUGCAUGGAGUCCCCGGUGUCGGAGGCGUCAACGGCGGCAGUCGCCGCCUUGCCGACGCCGCAGGAUGCGACGGCGAUGCCCGGGGACGGGGAGCUGGACGAGCUACUCCAGAGCUUAUGGGGCUCGGACGAGGUGGAACUCGCCGUGGGCUUCACUUCCGGCAGCCCUCUGAAGGAGGCGAGCGCUGUCUCUUCCCAAUGUAGGGAUUCAGAAGCUGGUUUGCUCUCAGAUGAUGAUCAUUUCGCUCUGAACCCAAUUCUGCCGACAUGCCCGGAGGAGAAGGCUCUGACACAGCCACAAGCAGAGCCUCCCAGUUCCUCCUCGUCUCACUGCAACGUGGACCCAUGGGCCAGUGACACCGGUGUCGCCCAGCGCCAGGCGACCCGCGCCAACUGCUCGUCUAAGCGCCCGGCACGGGAAGAGAAAGAGGAGGGUGACGGAAGCUGCGGCAAGAAGAGCAGGAGGGCGCCGUCCUCCGCCGCCGGCACCGGUGCCGGGGCAGUGGCGCGCCCGUUCACCGUGGUGAAGCCCGGCGGCGCGGACGGCAGCGUGACGCUCGCCGACAUCAACGAGUGGAUCCUCACGCCGCCGGCCCGCCCCGUCCGGCAUCCCGUGGGGGAGUUCGCGUGCGCCCCGCGCGUGGCGGCGGGCAACCGGCCCGCGCCGUCGGGCAAGACGGUGGCCGGCUUCACCAGGCUCCGCACUGCGGGGAGGGGCACGAUCACCAUCGUAAGGACAAGAGGAUGAAUGGUUUGUAUUGCAAUAGUACAAGCAUAUCUGCUGUAAAUUUGUGGCUGAUUGUACUGCGAAAUUGUAAAAAGGAAACUGAGGUUUAGUGAGGAUGCAUGCUGCCCAAAUCACAGUGAACGAGGAUGAAUCUGAAACCUUGUUGGAUUCAUGCCAAGAGGAGCAGAGAAGAUUGCCGUGAAACCUUGUUGAGGAGCUUCAACCACGAUUCAGAAACACGGUCGGGCUGUUGUUGUACUGUAUCCCCGGACAAGAGGCUCGUACUGAGAAACCGUGUGCCGUAACAAUUGUGCUGGUUGAGGCCCGUCCUCAGGAACCGUGCGCCGUAACAUUUGUACGGGUUGCUGCUACUGAUGCUUAAACACUUGGAAGCUAACGCACCCGUGCAAGUUACGGCCGUGCAGAUACGAGCUCAGUACAAGUUGGGCGAAUCCGAGGAGCCCAGGACGUCAGGAUUCAGGAGCUCCUUUGCAGUAGCUGUCCGGUUGAUAGUCCUCAUACUCUGGAUACCACUCUGCAGGCUGCAGCUGCUUCCAGACAGAGAGGAGCGAGGUAAAUUGCCGACUUGAACCAGGGCGGCGCAAUGUACUUCUAAUUUUUCUUCCAUUAUUUGUGUUCAAGAGGCUCAUCGUUAUAAAUCGAAACUAAGAGGUCUGCCUCCAGCUCCAGAACAA